AUGGUUGACAAGCGCUGGUGGAAGAAGGUUGGUCGUCGCGACUGGCGGAAGGGGGGCAGAUGGUGUAGACGGAAGACGGCAGACGAAAUCGAGUUGUACUCUCUUGUCGUCGUUCCGUUCGAGCAAUCGAGUGCUUGUAACUCUAAAGUUACUCAGGACUUCAAGGGUUUACUUCUACUUAUGGCUGAAGCAAUAGCAGCUGGUGCUGGUGUGGCAGCAGCAAUUAUCCAAGGUAAGACAGCAUUAUGGGAGCCACUUAAGCAAACAAUUGCAUUAUCAAAAGAUAUGGACGAAAUACAUGGAGCUUUGGAUGAUGCAAUGCAAACCCUCAUUGCGAAAAGGGAUGAUCAUGAGGACAUGGUUCAAAGGCACAAGACAACAAUGACACCUUCCAAUGCUUACACCAACUGGAAUCACAGAGUAAAUUUGGUUGCAAAAGAAGUGGAUGAUUUAAAAGCCAAAUAUACAAAGGAAAGGAAAAAGUCAUCUUGGUUUUCUAUCGGUUCACGUUCUAGCUUCACUAAGAAGAUGAGGAAGACUGCUGCAAGGGUCUUUGCUCUUAUGGAAGAAGAUACACAUUUGGUAGAUGUUUUGGUUGACAAAAAACCUGCAUGUGUCGUGGAGAUGAUAACUUCAAAAAUUACAAAUAUACCAACUCUCCAACAACCAUUAGAACAAACAUUGGGUUGGUUAUGUGACAAAAGGGUUAGAGGCAUUAGAAUCCAUGGACUUAUUGGGAGUGGGAAAACAACGAUAAUGGAGAAUUUGAAUAACCAUGUCAAGGUUGCUGAAAUGUUUGAUAUAGUAAUCUGGGUAACGGUAUCAAGAGAAGGAAGCAUCGAGAACAGAGGCAUCGACCAAAUUCAACAAGUUAUUAUCCAAAGAUUGAAACUAAAUAUCGGGGUUACCACUACCAUUGACCUAAUUGCUUCUAGAAUAAGAGAAGAGUUGAUAAACAUCAAGUACUUGCUACUUCUUGAUGAUGUUAAGGAAGAUCUGAGUCUGGAUAAGAUUGGAAUUCCUAUAAGCGAGAAUGGUAGCAAAAUAGUAUUUACAACUAGGUUACGACAUGUUUGCUCCUCAAUUGCAACGAGACAAACGAAUGUUGCAACAUUAAACAGAAAGGAAGCAUUGGAUAUGUUCAAAAGUGUAUUGGAUCGACCACAUCUUGCAGAAAACUCCAACAUUAAACGUCUAAUGCCUCUUAUAGUCAAUUGGUGUGGUUAUCAUCCACUCAUGAUAAAGGUAGCAGCAGGUGUGUUUAGAGUGAAGGAGACCGAAGAGAGUUGGCAUGACGGUUUAAUAAACUUGAGAAAGUGGCCAGAAAAAGGAGAUGAUACCAUGCAAGAAAUAUACAAGUUAUUGGCAUGUUUUUUUGAUUCCUUGAAAGUUGUCCAAAAGAAAUGCUUCUUUUAUAGUGCAUUGUAUCCGGAAGAUAGUGACAUUCAAAAGGAUUGCCUACUAGACAAUUGGGCAGCAGACGAACUUCUCGACACAGUUGAUGAUGUGGAAGGAACACGUGUUAGUGGACGUGACAUAUUGGAUUAUCUUAAGAUGCUCUCAUUGGUUGAAGAAAAUACUCAACAGUGUAUUAGGAUGCACAAAUUGAUUCGCCUAGCCGCAUUAUAUAAUUUGUCAACUAACGAAGACCAAGAAAAUCUAGUAAAAUUUGGUGAAGCAUUGAAGAAUCCCUUGGAUGUGGAAUGUUGGAAAAACAAGAGAUGGAUCUCACUUGUUGAUAGUAAAAUGAAUGCAUUACCUGACGAACCAGAUUGUCCAAAGCUUUCGACGCUAUUUUUGCAGAAAAAUCCUAAUUUGGAAGUCAUUCCACGAGCAUUCUUUAAUCAUAUGCAAGGUCUUCGUGUCCUUGACUUAUAUGAUACGAGAAUUUCAUCAUUACCAAGCUCUGUUUUGAACCUAGUCACCUUGAAAGUUCUCUAUCUGCAAAAGUGUGUGGCCUUAGUUGAGCUUCCUCAUGAUAUUGGAAAUCUUCAAAAACUCGAAGUGCUCGAUACCCGUGGCAGCGGAUUAGCGAACAUACCACCUCAAGUCGAGAGAUUGAUCUGUCUAAGGCGUCUGUUGGUAUCUUUCACUAGCUCAUCAAGUAGCUCUCCUGUUCAAGAAGCAGCUGAAGACAUCAAAGUAAUCUCCAAGAUUCCUAAGCUUAAAGAAUUGGUGGUAGAUCUCAUCAAAGCUAUAGGCGGUAGUUGGAAGAUCAACUUUCCUAACGAAAAACUUCUUCAAAAGUACAUCGACAAGUUCAUGCCAUAUUUCAAGUUCAAUGGAGAAGUUAGCAAUAACACAAUCUCACAAGUACUUGGUAAUGAUGUUGCAAUUGAAUUGGUGAAUCAUAAUGAACUUGAGCACUUAUCCAACUUCACUCCUGCAAACAUGAACAAAAUCCGUAGUUGUGUUAUCAAAGGUUGCAACAAGAUGAGGACCAUAGUGGAUGGUAACACGGGAGGUAGCUUGAUAUUAAACAAUUUGGAGCAAUUACACAUGAUCAAUUUGCCAUUUUUGAAGAACAUCUCAGAAGGUCCAAUGCAAGGUCUAAAUAACUUGAAAACUUUGAUUUUAAGUAACUGUCCCAUGUUGACAUGGGUAUGUACAUAUGGUGUAAUUCUACAACUUCCUGAGAUUCGUCAUCUAGAAGUCAAAGGGUGCUCUGAGAUGAAAGAAAUAUUCAGUGGGCCUGUAAAUGUUGUUUCUCCGGUGCUUCCAAAUCUAAAGAAACUAAUACUUGUUGAUAUGCCUCAACUUACAAGCAUACUGGUAAGUAACUCAUUUGAGUGGCCUUCUUUGGAGAGACUUAAGAUUCUUGGGUGUCCCGAAUUGAAAAGAUUACCUUUUCGAAAAGAUGGUGCUGCAAAGCUGAAAUCCAUCGAAACAGAGAAAAGUUGGUGGGAAGCUUUAGAAAAUGACAAGGAUGUUAAAGAACAAUUUCAACGCUAUUGCACCUUGAGCUGAAGAGAUCAAGAAAAUGCAAAUGCCAAUUUAUUGAUGAUGUGGCAACUACUCUAGUGGCUGCAGCGCAUUGGAAUAAUUGUAUCACAUGUUACCUUUACCAUUCCAAUGGGAUUAUAGGUUAUGUUGUUGUAGCACAUAUUAAUAUGUAUUUGCUUUUAUAAAAUCCGUUACCACACGCCUACAUAUGUUGUUACUUGUUACAUGUUUGUUUGAUUUUACUUCUCCAUCGGUGGAAGUUUUUGCUUAUUAUCAUGUAAACCAUGUAUAGAUUUUAUCUGAGAAAUUUCUUGUUUUUCUGCAAUAAAGAGAAUGAUACAUGUAUGUGUCCAUUGUGUAAACUAUAAGGAGGUUUUCCUUCAGUCUCAGCCUAAUCGAAUUUGUUUUACAUGAAGUUUUAUUGAUUGUUACA